GGCGGGGGCGGGAGAGAAAAGUAGAGAGCUAUAUUUUAAAGCUGACAUCUUCUUGUUUUUAGCUAUUAGCCAUUACGGCUAAGUAACUUUCCAGGUCCUCUUCGAAAUAAAAGUCUGUACACGAAUUACCCGAGCUUCACGCUGUGAACAAGAGCAGUCACACAUCAUUUCAGAAGUUACUAUGGAAGACGUACAACAGGGCAGCAAUGGCACUGAGUCACAGACUGCAACCAUUCCUACUACCAUCACAUCCUCUCAGUUCUCACAGAUAGCACAGCAGAUGUCAUUGGGAGGUUCUUCUGUUGCUGUUGUGCAACUGCCUGGGGGUCAAUAUCAGGUUCAGGGAGUGAUCCAGUCUGCACAGUCAUCAGUCAUUCAGUCCCCUCAGGCACAGAGUGUAACGGCCCAGGGUACUGAUAGCGAAGAUUCUCAAGACUCCUCAGACAGUGGAGCAACAACCCACAAGACAAGGGAAAUACUCGCCAGGCGGCCGUCAUACAGAAAAAUCCUUAACGACCUUUCAUCUCAGGAAACGACACACAUUGAAGGAAAGGAUAGCAGUCCAGCAUCCACAGGAGUGACAGGUGUUACAGUUCCAAGCACUCCAAUCUACCAGACCAGCUCAGGACAGUACAUUACCAUAGCUGCAAAUGGGACAAUCCAGCUGGCAUCUCCAGGUUCUGAAGGCCUCCAAGGGCUGCAGGCUGUUACCAUGGCCAACUCUGGUGGAGCACAACAAGGAGCUACCAUCCUUCAGUAUGCGCAGACACCUGAUGGUCAGCAGAUACUCGUGCCUAGCAACCAAGUAGUAGUACAAGGAGUUGGAGGAGAGAUGCAAACCUACCAGAUUCGCACAACGACCUCAUCUGCCUCCCUUCCCCAGACCGUUGUGAUGACCUCUCCAGUUGGACUGUCUCAAACUAAAACUGAUGAUCCCACACUAAAGAGGGAAAUCCGGCUUGCAAAAAACAGAGAAGCGGCCCGUGAAUGUCGACGGAAGAAAAAGGAAUAUGUGAAAUGUCUGGAAAACCGUGUCGCUGUUCUGGAGAACCAAAACAAGACAUUGAUUGAAGAACUGAAAACAUUAAAGGAUCUUUACUGCGUGAAAACAGGAUAACCUGUUAGUACAUGUCGAGACUGUGAGGUGAAAGCAGCACAGCUCUCAUGCAUUUGGACAAGUCUGGGUUUCUGGGAACACUUCAUUUCAGGCUGAAUUCCUCCAGUCUUUUUUUUUUUUUUCUACUUUGAUUAAAAGUGACUUUUGGCAGUGAGAUUUACUGGACAAUUUGGCCAUUUUUCAACUGCUUUUUUUUUUUUUUUUUAUGCUAACUCUGUAACAUUUAUAGUUGUGUACAUUUUUAAUACUUGGAGGUUUGAAAUUGUGAGCUUUAAAGUUUGAGUCUUCAAAUGUAUAAUUUUUCCUAUUUCCUUGUGUUUUAAAACGUAUUGCUACUGGAGCUAAUUUACCAGCAUCUGCAAAAUUUUGACUGUAUUAUUACAAUAUGUGAUUUCUUUUAAUUGUGAACCAGCAAUGCCCCUCUUUUCCCUUUUUAAAAAGAUGUUACACCUAUCAUUCCUUAUAUUUGUGCAAUGGACUAUAAAGGGUAUCAGAAAUAUCAAGUUUGGUUUGGUUGUUACUUGGCAGUUACUUUGACAAUCAGGGAAAAAAAGCACAAAGUCCAGUUAAUAUUUAUUUGUACAUCUUUGGGGGGGAUGGGGAGUGAAAAACAAAGAGCAUAUGAAAUGUUGCUGAUUCGGUGAGUAAAUAAAUAUAUUUUCACUCAGUA